GAUUGUUAAUCCAAAUCACUGACAACCAAGCAACAAACAGUUCAGCUUAGUUCAGUGAAACACGAUGACACAUGUGCAGGAGCCCGCGAUGCUGCAAACCGGCAAUUGCCUACUAGGACCCAAGCAAAAGGAUCAAGAGCUGCGGCGCUCAUUCUCGGAGUGCUCCAACAACGCCAAAACCAACCAGCUCAUUCCCGGCGGUGGCAGCGGAAGCUCGUCGUCGGAGGUGGCGGCGGAGACGGUGCGGUGCGCUUGCUGCAGCGUGCCGGAGGACUGCACGGCCGCCUACAUCCUCCGCGUCCGCGCGGCGCACUGCGGGAGCUGGGUGUGCGGCCUCUGCGCGGAGGCCGUGGGCGAGCGGCUGCGGCGGGACCCGGGCGCCGGCGUGGAGGCGGCGCUGCGGUCGCACACGGCGGUGUGCAGGGACUUCAACGCGACCACCAGGCUGAACCCGAAGCUCUCCCUCGCCGGCUCCAUGAGGGACAUCGCGCGGAGGAGCUUCAACCGGCGGGCGUCGUCGGCGACAACGUGCCACGACGAGCUCCGCGCCUCCAAGACGAUGGAGAGGGCCGUCAGCUGCCAGCCCCGAUUCUUUGCGUGA